GCUACGACUACGAGUAUCGUCACGCUCCCCCGCCCACACCACGCCCUCCGCACCCGGCAUCCUAUGCUGCGGGUUCGCAGCCUCCUCUCGCACCCGACCACUCACCGCCCCAUCCUCACUGGGGUGGUCCAGCGGGGAGCGCACCCAGCGCACCUCGUCACCCUAAUGCGCAGGUUCACACAUACCCACCACCAAGCACCUACGCCUACCCAUAUCCUUAUCCACCACCUGCCCAUGCAGAGCACCCCCCACCGAGCGGGUGGUCGCAAUGGGGGCCCUCUUAUGGUGGGCCUUCCUAUCCGACUUCGGGAGGAGCUUCACGCAUGCACUCGAACCCCUCGCUUCGCCCCCACACGUCACCGCCUCUCCCAGCCUCACCGUCACAGAUCCAGCGGGCGCCACCUCCACCACCUGCGUCUGCUCCGUCCCCUCCGCGCGAUGAAAGCUCAUCGCCGUCAGGAGCAGGAUAUUUGCCGGGCUUUCAGCCGGACUACGAUAGGACGCGCACAACUCGCCGCCCAAGCUCUGCCGAGGCGGACAGCAGUACGGGUGCGGCAUCUGCGGUAUAUGGAAGUUCCGUCCGCCCCCCGCCGACUGAGGCUUAUCUGAUCCUGCGUCCGCAUCGCGUCCCGAGAGGAGGCUGGCAGGGCGGGCAACAGCUCGCCGAUUCGUCGGGAUGGACGUACAACCUCGACGUACUUCAAAGCCCCGAACGAGGCAAGGCACUGGGCGUCGAGGCUCUCCGGAGAGGCUGGCCUCCUCUCACACCGCCCCUCAUCAUACAGCUGCACGUCCGAAAUGAGAAGGGCGAAGAGGUGGAGACGGAUAACGCCACACUUGCUCGGCGACUGGUUCACCUGACCAUGAGUGUCGAGCUGGUUUCUCCUGACGGCACUGAGGCUCGCUCCAUGAUGCGUGUGCGACCACCAAGUCCUCGUGGCACAGUGCAGCCGUACUACCCCACUUCCGCUCCUCCACCGUACUCGGUUCAGCGCACGCUUCUGGGAUCAUCCGUCCGAACACCGCAAGUCUUAACGCGCGAGGGGCGGAAGGGUCUUUACUUCAUUUUCCAGGACUUGAUUGUGCGACCCGAGGGGCGGUAUAGUCUGGAAGGCAAGAUUUUGGAUCUCGCAGGUCCACCUCACAUCGGCACUUCCAUUGGCGUCACGCAUCCGUUGACCUAUUGCCGCACCAAGCCUUUCGAUGUCAUCAUACCGCAAGAGUUCCCUGGUCCGGUUGCCAUCACGCCCCUCUCCACAGAGUUUCUGCGCCAGGGCGAGCGGCACUUGGGGCGCCGCCCGCGUAAUGAAGAUGGCGAGACUGAUGAGGCGGAAGACGCAGCUCACAACGAGUGAGGGCGCAUGACGAGUCUCGAUCGCAUUUUGCCAAGCGGCAGAGUGUGCACAUCAACGUGCGCAUUCCCCCGAUCGCCGGCCAAUUGACGAGACAUGGUGGACGCAUUCGUACACAAGCAACACGAAAAUACGACCCGGGGAAGACGCGCGGAAGCAUCUGCAUAGAAAUAGAGGAAACGGCCUGCCACAAGCAGCCUCAGCCCUUGUGGACAGGCCGACUGUAGCUCUCGGCAUUAACAUCUAUGGGCAUUUACUACUCAUUUGGCGCAUGCAUAAUGUACACUGC